AUUACAAGCGCUUUAUAAUAACCAUGGCAAGCAGAGGUCAGUACGUGUGACUUGCCUUGUUCAAGGUGCAAGCCUCGUCUUUUAGUUUUUUUCUCCAUUUGGGCCAUAAGCAGUAUUUUCUCCCUCUCGCCCCCUGUUUUUUUUAUUAAUUUAUUUGCUUGUUCGUUGGAAGGUGUCGUCAAGUAGCUGCGCUUUUUAAACGGAAACAAAAGCACGUUGUGGAGACGCUGCUGUGUUUAUUUGGAAAGAUUCCCGACGCACAAUGAUGUUCGAGACCAGCCAAGAUGACCUGCUGCUGUUUCCCUCCGAGGGUAGUGAUGAAGCCUUUUUCCCAGCUGAGAGCUUGGCUAGUGGGGGUCAGUCCCUGGCUGAGGCUUUGCUUCCUCUGGUUGAGUCUCCCUCUCCUCCUCUUAACCCCUGGCUGUGCUCCACCCGCUACAAGACCGAGCUGUGCAGCCGCUAUGCUGAGAGUGGUACCUGCAAGUACGCAGAGCGUUGCCAGUUUGCUCAUGGCCUGCAUGACCUCCACAUGCCCUCUCGCCACCCCAAGUACAAGACGGAGCUGUGCCGCUCCUUCCACACUGCUGGCUACUGCAUGUACGGAAGCCGCUGCCUCUUUGUGCACAGCCUGAAGGAGCAAAGGCCAGUUCGGCACAGAAGGCGCAAUGUACCCUGUCGCACUUACCGUGCCUUUGGUGUUUGCCCCUUUGGCACACGAUGCCACUUCCUGCAUGUUGAGGGUGGUUCAGAGUCGGACUGUGCUGAGGAGAAGACUAGGCAUCCCCCUUCCCGUUCCAGUGAAUGGAAACCCCGUGGUGCCCUCUGCCGUACCUUCAGUGCUUUUGGCUUUUGCCUGUAUGGCACCCGCUGCCGAUUCCAGCAUGGCCUCCCUAAUGCAGUAAAGGGCCUUGAUUCAAGCCAGGCACCCUGGUCACUACAAGUGCCUGGAAGGGCCACCUCUCCUGCCUCAGAAAUGCAAUCUUCCUCUCCACCCUCUUCCUCAGCCUCAUCACCUCAAUCCUUACUGGCCUCACCUGCGUUUCCUGAUGACUCUGGUCCAGUCACACCCCCAUCUGCAGAAGUGGUAGCCAACAACGCUUUCACCUUCAGCAGCCAGCACCUGAACGACCUGCUGCUACCUCUGGCCUUCAGACUCCAACAGCUGGAGCAAGCUUCUAAUCUAGCUGCUGGCAUGCUGGACCAACCACUGCUGCCAUAAUGUUUAUAACGUCACUCCUUUUGUAAAUAACUCCUUAGAUUUUUAAUGAUUGCCACUUUUUUUUGUUUACAAAUUUAUGGCCUUAGUUUGAGAUCUUGCAGUCUCAAUGUUUUGAGGGGAAUUAGAUGGUUUUUAUUGCUACUCUGCUAGUAAAGUUGGUCCCAAUCUGUGGCAAGUCUAAUAUAAUGCAUUAGACCAUUUUGUAAACUAUUUUUAACUGGUUGUGUGUAUGGAGCCUUUGGGACACAGUGUGGAUGUCUUUUUAUUUAUGGAUUUUAAUUUAAAUUGUGGUACUUUAAAUUAUUGUUUCAGGAUUGGCACAGUUUGCAUCCUUCGAUCUUAAUAAAACCACUAACCUUUUGUUAGUGCUGUUCUCAGUGAAA